GCUGAUGUACGAAGGGCUAUAUAAAUACAUUUGAUUUGAUUUGAUUUGACCUACAAAGGUAGUUUCCACUGUGGCUUGAAAUAUCCGACUCCAUUAGGUUUUUGGCUAUUUAGACUUCAGAAACAGGUGAUUUGAGUCACUUCAAACUGGCAAUAUGAACAAGGCUUAAGAUACUCAGCCUUCCAGAAAUUGAGUUUGACACCCCUGCAAUUGAGGCAUGACAUAAGUUGACAUAAGUUCCCCCCACAUGCUUUCUUUGACUCACUGAACAAUUUGCUAAAUUCACCUCACUGCACCAGUGUUGCCUAGCGCUGCAUCGCACCUGGCUAACAGGCCAAUCAGUUGUUGAUAGCAGAGCAGGAGGCUGUUAGCCUACCUCCUCCAUCUUUGUCUAGCAAACUCUAGUUUUUCCUGCUUUGCAAUUUGCCAUUACUAUUUAUGUGGUGGGCUGUUAUUUCUUUCUCCUUACUGCAGUUCAAAGGAACACGUCUUGGCUGUUCUUGCCCCGUUAGCAGUACAUGCCAGUGGCAGCUACAUCUGUCACCACAUCUUUAUCUAGUUAACUCUGGCCAAUUUCCAUUUAUCUUCAUAAAGCCUGGCUCUCUCUUUCUAACUGCAGUUCAGAGAAACUUGGCCUAGAGAGUUGGCAGCCCGUCAGCAGCCGUGUUACCCCCCCCCGAUGUGCUGAAAUCUCAGUCUGGCUCAGGAAAUGGCUUUGAUCUCGACACAAACACAUUUGUUUUGUUGGUUUGUGGUUUCCUCCCUCCCAGAGACUCUCCGACGCAAAAUGCUUUUGUUCCGCACCAUUACUCCCCACGAGGAGCCACGAUUCUUCUCCAUCUGCUGUUCAUGCACUAGUAGCUCUCUGUACCCCAAGACGCCUUUGCAUCGUCCCUCCAAAACGGGAUCAAACAGAAUCAGUGACGCGCGUGGUCAAUACCGGGCUCCACUGUUUGUCUGUCUGUCUCCUAGUCAGCCAGUUAGUCAGUCGAUGUCUUUCUCCAGCCUCUCUAAACUACUGUCUACCAUAAAUAUUUAGAUCCCUACUCCCUUUGCUUACUGGAGCUGAAGUGCUCAUUCUUCUUGACAGAAGUAGCUAAUGCCUGUUUUGCUGGAAUCCAAUGCCCCCUGUUCUUUAGAUGGUCCAAUAAUAUCAUGUCGCUUUCAACAUUCUCAGAUCGUGCCUUCUUUUAUCUGUCCAUCCGAAAGCCUUCACGUCACGUGAACAUCCAUGCCAUGUGCAGGCGUUCUUUCAUAGUGGUCCUUGCUAGCCUAUGAAAGUUUGGGAUGUGCAUAUCACUCAUACACCGUGUGAAGAGUCUGGGGAUUCUUUGAGGCAGAGAGGCCAGUAAAACCCCCUCACAGAUCUUGACCCUGUACCCAGGUGUAAACCGAACGCAAUUAUCUUCUCUCUCCCUGAGGAGUAUUAGGCAAGCUAGCUAACCCGUUAUACUGAGGGGCCAAAUGAAAGAUUAGCUUCCCCUAGUAGGAAAUGCUACAUCCAGAUGAGACCCUUGAGUGAGGCUAAAAACCUGGACUUCAUGUACCAUCAUCCUCCUCUCCCAGACAUCAUGACUACCAGCAGAAAGAAUCUGAGUGAGUCUGCAGUUAAGCCCUGAGGAAGAAACAUCCAUUCUGUGUAAUUAUAGAGGUUAAUAGCGGCUGCCUGCCCUGAGCUGGGCAUAACACCUGCAUGUUUAAUACAACUGGAGCCCAGGUAAGGAGAUUACCAUGAGCUGAAUCAACCUAUAUUGUUUUAUUGUUCAUUUACGUGAGUUCCAUAUUGUGUUUUUCGGUAUGUUAUAUCGACUUUAUCAUUUUCAUGGUUGUAUCUACUGUACAUACGAUGAGAUGCAAAAAAUAACUGUUUCCCAGAGAUGCAACGGCGAGAUUAGACUCUGGGGUCAUGGGUCAUUGGUAAAUUUAUCAGGAGCUAUAACAAAGUGCAAUGAUGGUAACCAACUGCAUUAAUUAGCUACAUUAACUUAGCAGCACUACAUUAGUUGUAUUUUCUUCCGGGUCCUUAUGAUCCCUGGUUUCCACUUGCACAGGGCUUCCUGAAGAGCGAGCGGGUGUCCAGGAUGGUGCAGAGCGGAGGCUGCUCGGCCUGCGACUUCCGUGACGUCUUCAAAAAGAACAUUGAGCGGCGGGUGCGCAGCUUGCCCAAAAUCGACGGCCUGAGCAAAGAGACAGUGCUGAGCUCCUGGAUCGCCAAGUAUGACACCAUCUACAGGGGGGAUGAGGACCUGCGGCGCCAGCCCCAGAGGAUGCACCUCAGUGCCGUGUCCGAGAUGAUCCUCAGCAAGGAGCAACUGUACGAGAUGUUCCAGCAGAUUCUGGGCAUCAAGAAGUUUGAGCACCAGCUGCUGUACAACGCCUGUCAGCUGGACAAUGUGGACGAACAGGCAGCCCAGAUCCGCCGGGAGCUGGAUGGAAGACUACAGCUUGCAGAGAAGAUAGCCAGGGAGAGGAAUUACCCCAAGUUUGUGUCUAAAGACAUGGAGGCCAUGUACAUCGAGGAGAUGCGGUCGUCUGUCAAUCUGCUCAUGGCUAACCUGGAGAGCCUACCUGUGUCCAAGGGAGGCCCCAACUUCAAACAGAAGCUAAAACGCUCCACCAUGAACAACUCCUUCCUGGACAUGGGCGACGAGACAGAAUUCCUUUCCAAGUCCGACGUGGUCCUCUCCUUUGCACUGGAGAUAGUGAUAGUGGAGGUGCAGGGCCUGAAGUCGGUGGCUCCUAACAGGAUUGUGUACUGCACCAUGGAGGUGGAGGGAGGAGAGAAACUGCAGACAGACCAGGCAGAAGCCUCCAGACCACAGUGGGGCACUCAGGGCGACUUCACUACGACGCACCCGUUACCCAUGGUCAAAGUGAAGCUGUUUACAGAGAGCACGGGGCUACUUGCCCUUGAAGACAAGGAGCUGGGGAGGGUGAUCCUGAACCCAACUACCAACGGACCCAAGCAGGCUGAGCUCCACAAGAUGGUGGUGUCCAAGAACAGUCAGGACGUAGAGCUAAAGAUCCAACUAGCUGUCCGCAUGGACAAACCCCCCAACAUGAAGCACAGCGGGUACCUUUAUGCGUUGGGACAGAGAGUUUGGAAACGUUGGAAAAUAAGAUAUUUCGUUCUUGUCCAGGUCAGCCAAUACACCUUUGCAAUGUGCAGCUAUAGAGAGAAGAAGUCUGAGCCCCAUGAACUGAUGCAACUAGAAGGUUACACUGUGGACUACUCUGACCCCCAGCCUGGUACACAAACACACACAGGUCUCCAGGGUGGUCGAGUGUUCUUCAAUGCGGUCAAGGAGGGUGACCUGGUCGUGUUUGCCAAUGAUGACGAGCAGGACCGGAUGCUGUGGGUUCAGGCCAUGUACCGCGCUACAGGCCAAUCAUACAAACCAAUUCCACCCACCCAGAACUGCAGAGCAGGGAACUCCCAGCCAUUCGCACCAAUCUCACUGCUCAGUCUGGAUUGCUCUCAGAGGCAGGGGGUAGAGGAGCUGAUCUCUGCGGUGCCCUGUCGGUUCGACCACGCCGCCUUGUUCCCUUUUCUGCAGAAGCAGACCCUACAGCACCGGAUGAAUGACUCCUUCUCCUGCCUGGGAUGGUUCAGUCCAGGUCAGGUGUUUGUGCUGGAUGAGUACUGCGCCCGCUACGGUGUGAGGGGCUGCCACCGCCACCUCAGCUACCUCCGGGACCUGAUGGAGUACUCUGGGAACAACGUCCUGGUCGACCCCACCCUCCUGCAUUACAGCUAUGCUUUCUGCGCCUCCCACAUUCAUGGCAACAGGCCGGAUGGAAUGGGCACAGUGACUGAGGAAGAGAGAGAACAGUUUGAGGACAUAAGAGGCCGUCUCCUGAGUCUAUUGGACAACCAGAUCAUCCAUUUUAGGUACUGUUUCCCCUUUGGACGACCAGACGGGGCUCUCAAAGCGACACUCUCCCUACUAGAAAGGGUUUUGAUGAAGGACAUCACCACACCGGUUCCUCCUGAUGAGAUGAGGAAGGUAGUCCAGAAAUGUUUGGAGAAAGCUGCCCUUGUCAACUACUCCCAGCUGACCAAACAUGCUCAGAUCGAGGCUGAUGCUCAAGCUGCCACGGAGAAGAGGUUGGAGGACAUGAUGCGACUGGGAGAACUUUGUAUUGAGGUCCUGCAGCAGAAUGAUGAGCACCAUUCAGAGGCCAUUUCAUGGUGGCCGGAGAUGAUGGCGGAGCACGCAGAAACAUUCAUGUCUCUCUACACCGUCGACAUGGAUGGUGCUCUGCAAGUCCAGCCCGUUGACUCAUGGGAUAGCUUCCCCUUAUUCCAGCUGCUUAACAACUUCCUGCGAUGUGACCCUCACCUGUGCAAUGGCAUGUUCCACAAGCACCUGCAGGACCUGUUCAUCCCGCUGGUGGUGCGCUACAUAGACCUUAUGGAGUCCUCCAUCGCCCAGUCCAUCCACCGCGGGUUCGAGCAGGAAACCUGGCAGUCCGUCAAGACAAUAGCCAACAACCUACCGAGCGUGCCUCUGCCCAAAGUCCGUCUCCCACAGAUGCCCAGGUUCUCAGCACCCUCCUGGAUGGGCCCGCUGUGUGACAGCACUAACAGCUCGGAGACCUCCGAGGACCUUUUCUGGAAGUUGGACGCCCUCCAGAUGUUUGUCCUGGACCUGCACUGGCCCGAGCCUGAGUUUGCUAAACAUCUGGAGCAGAGGCUGAAGCUCAUGGCCAGCAACAUGAUGGAGGCCUGUGUCAAAAGAACGAAAGCGGCUUUCGACUCCAAGAUGCAGAAGGCCAGCAAGUCAACAGACUUCCGGGUGCCGUUGUCGGUAUGCACCAUGUUCAAUGUGCUCAUUGAAGCCAAGAAGCAGUGCUCCAAACUCUGUGUGCUGGACUCCGGUCUAGAGCAACAGUACCAUUCGAAAAUCGACGACCUGAUCGAUGACACGUUUAAAGACAUGAUUUUCUCCCUGGUCUCAAAGUUUGCUGGACCUCUAGACGCCGUUCUCUCCAAGCUCUCCAGAUAUGACGAAGGGACGUUAUUUUCUUCGAUCUUCUCUUUCACGGUGAAAGCGGCUGCCAAGUAUGUGGAUGUGCCAAAGCCAGGGAUGGACCUGGCUGAUACCUACAUAACGUUUGUGCGGCAGAACCAGGACAUCCUGCGAGACCGCGUCAACGAGGAGAUGUACAUCGAGAAGCUGUUUGACCAAUGGUACACCAGCUCCAUGAAGGCUCUGUGUGUGUGGCUGACAGACAGACUGAACUUGCAGCUUCACAUGUACCAGCUGAAAACACUCAUCAAGAUUGUCAAGAAGACAUACCGAGACUUCCGGCUCCAAGGUGUUCUGGAUGGAACCCUGAACAACAAAAGCUAUGAGACCGUCUACAACCGACUCACCGUGGAGGAGUCUACCGUGGCGGUCAAGGCUGGCGACGGUCUCCAAGGUAUCACCAUGAGAGACAGUGACGAGGAGGACGGAUGAACUUUGGGAAGUGUGUGCUUGUGUGGAAGGGAUGGAGAUUGUGUGUGUGAGACAGAAUGAUAUGAAGGGGUUGUAGAACAUACACUAAAGUGUGUGAUGAAGUCAUCCAUCCUUGUGUACCCCCUCUCUCUCUCACCAAUCCCUAGUACAAUAGUGGGUACCUUCCCAGCCAAAAUGACAUAAUGUUAUUUUGUACAGUACAGCUCAGUGGUCACCAACUGGUAACCUUCAGGGCAGUACCCCUUUGUUUAUUUAUUUAAUUUGUUUGUUUGUUUGUUUUUACUUUAUUUUAAUGGCGAUGUAGACCAAGAAAAAAUGCAAGUUGUUCUCUUAAUGCAGACCUAAAUGCUCAAAUCAGUUUUGUUUUUCAAAUCCGUUUUGAAAUAUUGACUGUCCAAACAGCAGGUUACAAGUGACCAAAUCGGAUUUUGCUGACAAAGCAGUCUUUGCUGACAUGGCUACGCUAGUUGUCAUAGUAACGACUGUUGUGUGUGCAGUGGUGUUGGCUGAUUGGUGGUGGUGCUCAUGCUUCCUCUCACUCAGAAGAUAUGUACUGUAGCAAGCUAAGGUGACAGAAACAGUAGCUAUGCUUCCAUUAACUUGUCCAGUGAUUUUGUGUCAACAUUUAGAAAGUUUGCAUAGAAAAUAGAUGCAACAAUGGCCGGCUAGGGUGUGUUUCCAUUGAACAACCUUGUGUCGAUAAAAACAGCUGGACAUAAUGUCACACCCCAACAAAAACGCAAAAACCUACAGUGUCAUAUUAAAAUGUAGUGGCUGAAGUGUUUCCAUUACCCAUUAAUACAUUGGUGCCAACCUGUGUGCCAUCCCACCUACCCGUUUCGUGUCUCGGGAAGCCUUCGAAAACCAGCAAGAAUGCAAUAAUUGAGUAGGCAUUUAGAAUUAAAUGUUGUGGAGCUUUAUAGUUAUGUGAUGACAUCAUGUGCCUCGCGUACCUUAAAAAAUAUUCUGCAAUCAGAAUUUAUUAGUUAAACCCCGUUUUCCAUUUUAAUUUGUCACAAUAAAGAAAGUUCGACCAAAAGAAAAAUCCACCAGUCGAACGAAUAAAAAUGUUGUCCAUCUUUAGAAAAUGUCUCCUAUAUCUGCCAUUACACAUGUCGCAAUGAUUUUUUGUUGACAUUGCUUUCCAAUAAACCUGGGUCAAUGGAAACCUGCCUAGUGCCUGUCAUGAACAUUUCCCAAUUGCAUUGAAUGUUCAAAAUCAUAGUGUACAUACACUUUUAAGCCUCAAAGGAUAAGAUGACCCAACUUUCAAAAUUAGCCCUUUUGGCUAGCCACAACAUUCAACAAGCUAGCUAGCUGUUUAGCUUACUAGCAUACUCACUAAUUUGUUUGUACAUGACUAACAUGCUAGUUAGCCACCACAUGUUCGUGUCAAACUGUCAACAGAGUAGCUUACAAGCAACGAGUUAUGCCAAAUAAAACAGUCUGAAAACCACUUGUGGGCAAAUAAAUCAGUCAAUAAAUCAGUCAGUCAUUGCCAGGAAUCCGAUUUGUAUCUGAUUUCAAAAAACACCUACAAAUGUGGUUUGAACUGUGGCUUGAAAUAUCUGAUUCAAUGUGGUUUUUGACUGUUGAGACUGUAGAAAAGAAAUCGGAUUCAAAUUGGAUAUGCAAACCACUAGAAUUUGUGUCACUUCAAACUGCCAGUGUGAACAAGGCUUUAUGGUUACCUAGAUAUAGACAUGCCAAUUCAAACAGUUUUUUGUGUGCAUUAUGAGGACAUUGGGGUUGUUCUUACAUAAGUACCCUGAAAGACAGUCGAUACAGGCAGUAUCCAUAUGUUUAUGCUGUGCACUGUAUGAAUGGGAAUGUAUACCUGUAGGUUACAGUGUCACAUUGUCAUGGCAUGUAUGUAGGCUAUGCUUGAACGUGUUUCCCUCUACAAGAGUUACCAGAUGACUAUGAAUUCAAAGCUGUGUUAAAUAGGCCUGAUGGAUUGUGUGCAUCAUGUUUGGAAUCUGAAUUGCCGUCUUAACUGUAAUACUGCAAUGAAUUAUAUGAAAUACAUUUCUAUUGUCUUCUGUGCACCUGUUUUGGUUAAGGUGUGUUCUAAGUGUUAGAAUUAGUGUGUUUAAUGCAACCAUGGUGUCCUUAUUGACUAAAUUACUCCAUAAAGUAUAUUAACAGCACAAUCUGCAACGAUGAACCCUUUGAAUGGUAAGGUGAUGGAUGGAGCUAUACGUUAUUACAUUUUUUUCUUUAAGGAGCGAUGCAUAUUGUUUUAUAAAAACUGCUAUUUAAAACCAAAUGACUAAAAUCACAACAAAAACAUAAACAAAUACGUAUUACAAAAUAUCAAGCUAAUAGGCAUUUUUAUAAGAAUCAUAUAUCAUUACCAUAACUAACAUACAAAUCAUGACUAUCUUACAAAUUGUGGCAACCUAUUUGCCAACCUAUUCCAACAGCUUAUAGUUUUGUUAGAAGCUGAAAAGUUUCCAUCGUGACAUCAACAUUGACAUGUUGAAAUACACCUAGCCAUCGUGACAGUGACAUGUUGAAAUACACCUAGCCUAACAGCCAUUUCCUUUUUAUUGAUCUCAAAAAGUACUGAAUUGCAGAAAUGGUCAUUUUCUUGAGACAUGACAACCUCAUUUCAACUAAUCAUCUUGUUCAAUGUUAUCAUGAGCAGACCCCCCCCCCCAUUCACUGACCUGUGUCAAAUGAAAGAAUCAAUAUUCUGAGUUGGUUUCAUUUUCCUCCUAAUGGGACGUAUACAGUUCUGUGGUCAAAUUGAAGAGUUUGGUUCCAAAGCUCCAUAUCCACCAAUUGUAUUCACCAGACACGGUUGCUUAUGGUUACCUUCGUGUGUGUGUAAAAUAUUACUGUUCUCAGAUUUGUAAUUCAUUGAUUUUAUGUUUAUUAUUAUUUAGAUGUUUUGCUAAAUGCUAUGUAUCCAUUGUUUAGCUGGAAUGGAAUGUUCGUAUAGUAUAUUGCCUGUGAUAUGUGGUUGUCUCACGCUAUCUUAAGAUGAAUGCACUAACUGUAAGUCGCUCUGGGUAAGAG